AUGGCUACUCUCAAUCCUCACCGGCACGCGUUCUUGGCCACAAGAGAGCGAGCCGCAAUGGAUCCAGAUUUUCAUUUCCGUCGCAAUCCCCACGAACGUCGUCGUCGCGCCCUUGGUAAGCUCGAUGAAGCUCCCUUUAGCUGGGCACAUAUUCACACCGUUAUCAUCGCCGGCCUUGGGCUCUUCGCCAGCGCUUAUGAGAUGUUCGCCAUCAACCUGGCGGUUACCAUGCUUGGUAUUGUUUAUUGGCAAGACGAAGACUCUGGCUCUGGUAGGAUUCCUUUCAGCCUGGAGACUGCCAUCAAGGUCGCCACUCUUGCUGGUGCUGUGAUCGGACAGCUCCUCCUCGGUUGGCUCGCAGACCGUAUUGGCCGCAGACGCGUGUACCGCUAUGGGCUGAUGGUCAUUAUUUUCACUACUCUGGCUCAAGUUGUGUCCUCUUCCUCUCGUGCCCUUACUAUGACUGGUCUUCUGAUCUUCUGGCGAGUAAUCAUGGGCGUUGGAAUUGGCGGGGUCUAUCCUAUUUCUUCUGUGAUUACAUCUGAGUUUGCUACCACCAAGUGGCGUGGUGCCAUGAUGGGUGCCGUCUUUGCCAUGCAGGGCUUCGGUCAAUUUGCAGCCGCCAUAAUCGCCCUGGUUUUCACGGCUGGUUUUAAGGAGUCCCUACAAAGUGCCAAGGAUGUUGCUCACUGCACCGGGGCUUGCCAGCUCGCUGUCGACAAGAUGUGGCGUUUUAUCAUCGGACUAGGGGCCAUUCCAGCCUGUUUUGCACUCUAUUACCGUCUGACAAUUCCAGAGACCGCGCGGUUUAGCUUUGACGUCACCCGCGACAUCAUUAAGGCCGAUAAGGAUGUUCGCGCCUACCUAAGGAAACGGAGGGAGAACGGCACAAGGGAGCCACUGUAUACCCCUCCCAUCCAGCAAGGUAUUCCUGACUUUGGGCCCAAGGCCAGCUGGUCCGAUUUCUACAGUCACUAUUCCCAGUGGAAGCAUGGGAAGGUUCUACUUGGUACAACAGCGUCUUGGUUUUUCCUUGACAUUGCAUUUUACGGUCUUGAUCUGAAUAACUCGAUUAUCCUUGGCGCUAUUAACUGGACUGGCGCCAAGAACGUUCACGAAAUUCUGUACCGCAAUGCUAUCGGAAACCUUAUCUUGAUCUGUGCUGGUGCCAUUCCUGGAUACUUGGUUACCAUCGCCGCUGUUGACAAUAUCGGGCGGAAGCGUAUUCAACUCCUGGGAUUCCUCAUGCUGUCUGCCCUUUUCGCUGUGAUUGGCUUUACUAACCUGGACCAGAACGACAGCGGCCUACUUGCGCUUUACGUUUUGACACAAUUUUGUUUCAACUUCGGUCCCAAUGCAACCACUUUCAUCGUGCCCGGCGAGUGCUUCCCCACACGCUACCGCGCUACCGCCCAUGGAGUCAGUGCAGCUGUCGGUAAGAUUGGCGCCAUUGUCGCGCAGUGUGUCUUUGUUCCUCUUGUUUCCCGGGGUGCAAAGAUGCCUGGCGAUGCGCCCUGGCUCAAUCAUGUUACGCAAAUCUUCUCGGGGUUUAUGCUUUGCGGUUUCGCAACUUCCUUCUUGGUCCCCGAGACCAAGCGUCAGAGUCUGGAGGUGCUUUGUGGAGAGAUAGAUCCGCCUCCUCGAACCCAGUAUGCAUACGUCAGAGAUGAAAUCCCACUUCAAGAAGUUGGGCCUAUCGGUGCCGGAAACCCCGUCACUGUUUCCGCCGCCGCAAAGCCUUAG